CUUGCGUUGUCAUGGAUGCGAUGUCUGCCACGAGCCUACGCAGAAACCUUACUUCGAGGCGUACAGAUGCAGGACGUGCGACUUCGAUCUUUGCCCUAGAUGUUACAAAAAGAAGGACAAUGCGAAUUUUAAAGGUGCUAUGACUUUGCGUUUAUCAUGAGCAUUCGAUCGUCAGCCGAUGAAGACACUUCUAACAUACACAAGCACAUUAUAGUUAUUCCUCGGAUCUUCGCGACGAAGACGUUGCUGAAGACACCAGCAGUCAACUUCUAGUACAUAAUGUCUAAAUAAAAAAAUCAAACUUAUCGAUCCAUGAAACAAUCACUAAUAUCAUUUAACACCAGGUGUAGCCUUCCGCAGCGAUAAAAGCGGUGAAAACGCGGAUUCUUUGACAACGAGCGGGUAUUUUCGCAAAUGCAUAGAAAUGAGUAUGGAAUGCUGGCAAACGCUGGCAAUGGCUACCGGAUCGCUGGUCGUGUGUCAAAUCUUGACCUUGAUGGCGCCGAAUCUGCAAGGUCAAAUUUUUGAUGCUAUCAUAGGAAAAGCAGUCACCACGGAUAGGCAUCUAGAUCUCGCAGCUCUGGGAGAAAUGCUGGACCCGAUUGAGCUCUUCGUAACACCUGUGAUCGAGGUGAUGCACCAUGUUGGAGUUUCUGCUUUUGGUCAAGAACAUGGUCUACUGGGUGUUGGUCAACAUCAAGAUGAACAAGAACUUGGCGGUACGGGUAGCAGUGCCAUUCCAAUUGCAGGUGUUCCUACUGCAGCAAUCACCCCACCGCCGCCUGGUCCUGUUCACCCAGAUGUAGAGCGUUUUCGACGUGUCAUGCGCUGGUAUGUUGUUGUGAAUGUGUUGUCGGGUCUCUUCAGCGGUCUCCGAUCCUUGGGGAUCGAACUGGCCAUGCGAUCUUUGGCAGCCAUUACGCGAAGGCGGGUCUUUCAUUCGUUGGUGCAGAUCGAUAUCGCACAUUUUGAUGCGCUGCAUACGGGACAACUGACUUAUGGGUAUAGGGAAUUCAUCUCCAAAGUCAUCUGGAAGAACAAGAUAAGGGGAAAAAGGCACUCGGAUGAUCCCUGCGAUGAAUUUGCUAAUUAACGUCGCGCUUGACGAACGAUGUGAGUGCGAUGGUUUCGCCACUCAGCACGAUCAUGAAUGAUCUGGUACUAAAAAGGCAGCUAGUACCUCUUUUGCAGCUGUCGUCCUCUUCUAGAAACGUAGUUGUUUUGAUGUUCUCAACAAAGAAACACAGCAUCGAAGGCAGGAAUCUGUCCUCUCCACUCUUUUCCCAACAAGUAGUCAUCAUCUUCCUUCAUUCUUAUUCCCAGGUUUCCAACUCCAUCCUUCUCGUUGGUGGUGUCUUCAUGGCUUUCCUGACAUCUUGGAAGCUCUCGGUUCUGGGAAUUUGCGUUGUCCCUCCGAUUUCCUUCAUUUACAGACGUUACAGUCGUUGGGCAAAGGGCAUCAACCGUGGCAUUUGGCAAGCCUAUGGCGAUACCAACGCCGUCGCAACCGAAGCUAUCUCGAACAUCCGCACUGUGCGAGCUUUUGCGGCAGAAGACUACGAGAUCGGCCGCUUUGAACAAGGCGUCAGCGUGGCUCUGGACUACGGCACCAAGAAUGCGUAUGUUGGUGCGUCUGUGCAGGCGUUCUCGAGUUACAUGAACUUGCUGACUGCGAUAUUGAUCUUGUGGUACGGUGGAAACGCCGUAAUUGCCCAGGAUGGAAGCUUGACGAUCGGAGGAUUGGUCACGUUUCAGCUAUACUGGAACUUGAUGAAUAGCGCGUUUCUCAGCUUGUCGAACGUGUUCAAUCAACUGAUUCGUGCUUCCAGUGCUGCGGAACGAGUUUUUCAGAUUAUAGAUGCGACAAAGGACAAGGCCAGUUUGAUCUCGACGCCGAAACCUCCGACAUUCCUUGACCGCAUUCUGCCGUCAAGUGGGAGCAGUAGCGAAAGCUUGACAGGAGACCAAGAUAUUUUGGAACAAAAAGGUUCGACAUCACCAGCACCAAGUACUACAAGUACAACUGCAACAUCGUCUUCUACAGUCAACAACAACACCAGCAGAACAGGAGAUGCAACUACAACUACAUCUUCAUCAACAACAACAACAACUUCCGCCCAACAGCAACCAGCUAGCCCAGUCGACGCUCCUCGUGGAGUCGAUAUGGAAAAUGCCGCUAAUGCAAGAAGAACUGCAAGUAUACUUUCGUCUCCCUCUUCUUCAGCCGGGUCGUUCCUCACUGUCACCGGACGUCGUAUAGAUGUGCCAGACCCUCCGGCAACUGCAAAAACGAGGCAUAUCGAAGACAUGCCUGAAGAUCUCGAUGUUGAUCUAGAAAUGGGACCAGCAGCUGCUACAAUCAGUACAACGCCUACGGAUGAUCAACACAGGCAUGCAGUUAAGAAUGGAGGAGGCAACCUUCUACAACCAGCAGUCCUGAUCCAAGAGGGAGGAUCCUCGUCAUCCUCGACAUCGCCACAACUUCUACGAGGAGACCCCAACGGGAUAGCAGACACAAUACCUCGUGAGCUGCAAGAAUUGAUUCCAGUGCCACGCAUAGAGCACGGGGAACUCUCGCUCGAGGAUUUGCAUUUUCGAUAUCAAACUCGUCCUGACAAUCCGGUCCUCAACGGACUGACUCUGAGACUGAAACCCAAUACCACCACUGCUCUAGUGGGCAAAUCAGGUGGGGGAAAGAGCACGGUCAUUCACCUGUUGCUUUAUGGAAAUGGCUCUUAGUCAUGUUCGUUUUGGGAAUGAGGAAGACUUGUUCUUCUAGCUACUGCUUCAUUCUCUCUUCUUCGGGUUGACGAUCUUGUAAAAAAUCUCUCGAAGCUGUUUCUGCGCGUCCACCAUCACAACUACAAAUAACUGACCUUAUCUUCAUCUAAUGCCUGAAAUUCUACGACCCGACCGCUGGAUGCGUCAAGCUUGAUGGUCAAGACUUACGCCUCUUGAAUCCGCAGGAUGUGCGCCGAUUUGUUGGUUUCGUCGCUCAAGACACACAGUUGUUCGGGACGUCAAUCCUGAACAAUCUGCUCUACGGUAUGCCAAAUCGAGAUACUGUAAGCACUGCAGAGGUCGUCCACGCAUGCAAACUAGCUAAUGCCCACUCGUUUAUCAUGGAAACGGAGGAUGGAUAUCAAACCAGGGUAGGAGAAAAAGGAGUCAUGCUUUCAGGCGGACAAAAGCAAAGGCUGGCACUGGCACGCUGCUUCCUGCGAAAACCCAAGUUCUUGUUCUUAUGUUGAAGAGAAAAUAACAUCACACCAUCACCAGAUGAGCCUUGUCUGACUAAUACUUUGCGUUGACUUUAACGUGCAUGAUCAAGUUAGAUUUUCGCUACUUAUAAAUGAAAUUUGGGUCAUCCAGGGCUGAGUCUAGAAUUGAGGUCCUCAAAAUAUCAAAUUUGAUUGAUCUAAGUUUUUAUCCAGAUUUGAAGUCCUCAAAUCUUCCAUAUAUAAAACUAGCUCUUUGGAGUGGUUCCCCAGGGGCAGGGGUCAACGGAAUUUCAAAACAUUUGCUAGAACAAUGAACUGCAGGUGAAUGUGCAAGAAAAGCAAACAGAUGCUUCGCCAAAAUAAAUGUGAAAUAGCAUCAGUCUCGUCUUCUGGACGAAAUGCAAGGUCAAAAUUCAAAAUCCAGAAUUCAAAAUCAAAAUUCAAAAUUUAAAGUUCAAAAUUCAAAAUUCAAAAUUCAAAAUUCAAAACUCAAAAUCAAAAUUCAAAAUCAAAAUUCAAAAUCAAAAUUCAAAACCAAAAUUCAAAAUAUGAAAUCAAAAUCAAAACGAGGGAAAAACUUUAUACUGUAAGAGAUUUGGAACAUCUAAGUUUUUAUCCAGAUUUGAAAUCCUGAAAAUUUUGAGAAUCUAAGUUUUUAUCCAGAUUUGAAGUCCUCAAAUCUUCCAUAUAUAAAAUUUGGAGAAUCUAAGUUUUUAUUUAGAAUUGGUGUUCUCAAAUCUUCCAUAUAUGAAAUUUGGGUCGAAAUUUGGGUCAUCUAAGUUUUUAUCCAGAUUUGAAGUCCUCAAAUCUUUCAUAUAUGAAAUUUGGGUCAUCUAAGUUUUUAUCUAGAAGUGAUGUCCUCGAAUCUUCUAUUUAUGGAAUUUGGGCCAUCUAAGUUUUUAUCUAUAAUUGAUGUCCUCAAACCUUCUAUUUAUGAAAGUCUAAGUUUUUAUCUAGAAUUGGUAUCCUCAAAUCUUCCAUAAAUGAAAUUUGGGUCAUCUAAGUUUUUAUCUAGAAUUGAUGUCCUCGAAUCUUCUAUUUGGGUAAUCUAAGUUUUUAUCUAGAAGUGAUAUCCUCAAAUCUUCCAAAUAACAAAUUUUCUGCAAUUGAGCUCAUCAGAAAAUGAAUUUAAAUAAAAUGGAAUAAAAUCAAAAAUUUUCAAAUUUGGUAAAUUUUGAAAAUUUUGAAAAUCAUUUUAUUCUAACACAUUUGGACGAAGCGACUUCUGCGUUGGACGCAGAAAACGAGGCGCUCGUGCAGGAAGGCAUCGACCGGUUACUUGCCACCUGUCAUUCAACCGUGUUGUUGAUAGCACACAGACUCUCAACCGUUAUUAUGGCUCCUAGCGCUACCCUAAUAUCUUGUUGAUGCAGAGAGUGUGAAGUAAGAGCGUGCCUCUAAUUGACAUACUUUUACUUCUCAACAGCUUCGGUUUUACCUGAUGUUGGAUCAAGCAGCCGCACUGUGCGUACUUACUAACCCUUGAUGUUGUCUUCUCGUAGCUCCUUCGUCAAACACUACUUGUGUCCGCCUCUAACAUCCUGAAUGCCGAUCAAAUCGCCGUGUUAUCCGGAGGCAAGGUGCACGAGCUGGGAAACCAUCAGAGCCUGGUCGAGCAGAAUGGCAUCUACGCGAAAUUAGUCGCAAGGCAAAUGAAACGGGAUGCCAAUGUGAUCAAGGAACACGAAGUCGAGGUCGAUGGCCAGGGCGCAGAGCAAUCCGGCGCCAAGAGUACGUCCUCAGGACGAGGGGGUCAGAAAAAUCGAGAUAAAGCAGGAGGCGGACGACCAGGUAAAACAGAAAUAGACGAGCUUUUGGAAGAAGAAGAGAGCUGAAUCAACCUUAGCCACCGCUUAUUGGAUCGUAUUAUCUAGGGAAGACUAUGGUGGAGACUUUUAUCAUGCUUCAUAACGAUCAUGUUCAUCAAACUCAAACUUCAUUGAAUUUUUAAUGCUAUCUGCUACUUGUUCUUCUACAAAAACAUUUGCCAUCACACAUUACAUUUUCAACUGUGCGUUAAUACAAUUACGACCACAUCAUUUGUCUGGUUCAUCUGGAGCCGAUUCUAGCAAAUUAAGUACUCACGUCAUAACUUAUCAAUAGCGGUGGUCCAGCCGCACCCCAGAAACAAAAUGGUCUUGUUAUCAUUUCUUCUACUUGUGUGCAGUCAGAAGUUGUAGCACCAACUACGCUCUUCAGGCUGCGUCUCUCCUUGUUAUAAGGGCGAAAGCUUCUCGUUCUCGCGCUCCUUGUACGAGGAGCAUUUGUAUUUCGGAUAUUUUGUACGAAGUGGACCACUCUUCCCAUCGUUGGCCCAUUUAGAUUCAACAUUGUGCAUGACUUUGACUCACACUCAUUCUGCAUUUCUAUUUACAACUUUGUGCCCACCCUCAGGAUACCUAUAUCAUUUUUGUUAGUUGAACUAUCAUCAACACAUAGCUCAAGAUCAAGUUUCUGAUUAUUUUUCGCAUACUUUCGGUCAUGACAAUAGAAAAGCUCAUCUUGCUCCACCUGUACUACUUGACCAUGUACUACUGGCAUCAUACCUGCGUUUGUCGAUGAUGAAAUAAGUCAAUCACGACUCAGUUUACUCGCAUAUUAUGCGUAUGGAGCUGAAGGAUGAGGAACUUGAUGCGAGAAAGAAGUACACAUUACUAAUUUAUAUAAAUGAAAUAACAAUAUUAAGGCUUGAGGACGUGGCGUCCAUCGGCUCGAAAUUGGCUUCGGCACUGCGCUGAUGAAAAAAGUGAAUGGUUCCGGUAUUUUGUAGCCUGAAUUUCUUUGAUCACAAGGAUUCUCUUCUUGUUUUCCUUAUGAUCAAAAUCAGGCUACCAAAUACCAGAACUAUUCAAAAAGACAUCACCUUCGUAAAGCGCGGUUAGAAGAGUGAGGAAGUUGCUGCCUGGGACUGCGAUGAAUGGCUCCAGGAAAAAGUAGCCCUAGCGAGCGAGGAGUGGCUGCCGUUCGAAGGGGGCCUCGACGAAUAUGGCGACUACUAUGCCUACAUUCGAAAAGACGAGGGUGGUGAUGGGCCUUCUGCUGCUGUUGACGCAGAAGAUGGUGCGGGUGGAUAUGAGAAGUGUAUGUGAAACUGCGACAGAUUUGUUCAGAUUCAAUUGAAAAGCGACUGUUCAUUCUUGGACUGUGAGUGGCAAGAUCAUCUCCGUCAGGAGUCCG